AUGUCUCCCGCGGAGAGGUCACAGGCAGCACAGAAGAGGAGAGCCGACAUGCAUUGGGUAGAUCUGUCGUCUUUGGUGACAAGACUCUUGUCUUCGAAAGACUUCGUUGGGGGGCUACAUUCUGGGUUCGGGACGUUUGCAGAUGCACCAACAGAAAUGUGGGAAUCGGAGGCCUGGCUGUGCUCCAUACGCACAACUUCGGGAGCCACAAUCAGCUACGAAGAUGGGAGUCCAAUAUUGUGCUCUGAUUUCGUGCGGUAUCGUGGAGAGAGGUUUGGCCAGCAUAUUGACAGGGUGUUUGCAAUUGGAAUUGAUCGCCGGGCCUGUGCAGCAACGAAAGAUGAAGUCCUUGUCCAGAUCCAGCCAGUAUAUACACGAGGAAGCUUACCACCCACCAUGAAAGAUGCAAUUAAUGGGCUAGAAACGCCUUUAUCACGAUCAGAGAAACUUCUUUAUGAAGACAGCUUCGAAUAUAUCUCGCCAAAGAAUAUUGUGUCCCGUGUCGAGAUCUCCAUGGAUUACAUAUUUGAAGGCCCAGUUGCACUUGACAAUGCAUACGUCUUUGACGACAAGACCCAUAUCCACCGCAUCCUGAAUAUGGCAAGAAAGGACAUUCGCCCAGCAGCCCAAUCACGCCCACAUAUCGCAGAGUUGGAGAUUGAGGCAUACGGCAGGGCUUGGAUUGUUGACGCCUUCCGGGACACUUUUAUAUCGCUGCCAAUGAUCAUCUUCAUGGAUGCAUUUGGAUUGUUUUCAGGAACCGGUAUCGUUCCAUGA